GCGCGAAGCGCGCAUGCGUUAACAUAGGUUUCCGUUUAUCAAGUUGCUACUCGAAAAUCAAAAUAAACUGUAAAUUAUUGUUUCAUAUGAAAUUGAAAGCAUAUGGAAUUGUAAGACAAUAUAUGUACAUGUAGAAUGGGGACCUUGGUGGAGUCAGAUAUAGAUCAGUUUAUCAGAGGACAUAAAACUAAACUUCAAGAAGAAAAAGUACACCUUAACCAGUACACAGACCAGUCUAGGUAUCCUGGAGGUCAAGAUUUGACCUCACCAUCAGGGCGUAAACAAUGGGAUAGGAAUAAUGCACAGGGUGCAAGACCUGCUGAAGAGAGAAGAGCACCUGUUGAGCCAGAAGAGACUGGGUUACUACCUCAAAACAAUGACAUUGAGAGGAGAAAACAUCAGUUACAGUCUGAGCGGCAACAAGAAUACAAUGAAUAUAUUGCAAAGAGAGGCCCAGGUGGUAGGAGACGGCCCAGAACACCAGCCGAGCAAGGGCUCCCUCUGGGCACUUAUGAAAACCGUCGUAAAGAUUUAGCAGCAGAAAGACAGAAAGAGAUGCAGCAAGCUCUGGAGUUGAAGAAUGCAGGAAAAACGAGGAAAGGCAAUGUUUUUGAUUACCAUGAAGUAGAAAAAGCUCACAUGGCUGAAAAAAGGAUAGAAUAUAAUGAAUAUUUGGAUAAGAAAAAGCAGCAGUCCAAACGACAUAUAGUGACCCCUGAACAGGGCAUGUUUGUAGGCCCUGACCAACGGGAUAGGGACCAACAGAUUAGGGAGAAAAACCGUAAAAACCGGCUUGCACUUGAAGAGGUAUAUGCAGUAAAGUAAAAGGAUAAUGAUAGAAUAGAUUUGUUUUUUAAGGCAA